AUGGCUUCUACAGAGUUUUCCGCUAUUUUAUUUAUGACGUCAGGGUUCACAAAAUUUGUUCAAAUUACCAGUAUCCACCAACCCCGCCACGAUUUUUUUGAGUCAUUUUCCACGCUGUACACAGACGUGCUAUGCUCUAUUGUUUCAGCCUUUUGCUGGCAUAUGCCUGCGUUUUGCACACAUCCUCUGCCACAGCUCCAAGAAAUGUUUGAGUAUAAAAAGCUCGACACGGACGAUCCAGAACUCUGGAAAAACCUCGACGGCAGCAGCGGCACUCGCGUGGACGGCACCGGUCAAAAACUACGGUUCAAGAACUGUGGCUUGGACGUUUACAAGAAGGAGGGAGGAAAAGAGAAACAUGAUCAGAUGAUUCAGAUAACUACGGGGGAAUGUGUCGUGCCGAAGGGCGUCUUCAUUGUAAUAGUCGUCGGCGAUGACGGAGGCUUUCGAGUGAUUUCCUAG